UUCCCAAAAAUGAAACAAACCAAAAAAAAUAAAAAUGAAAAUUUUGUGGUGUUUUCCUUUUCACGUACAAAAGGGUUUAGCGUUAGGGUGUUCAGGGGCAGCAAUAUCCAAGCCAAGCCGAACCGGGGCCGCGGCUCAGAAAUGGCGGCUUCACUCUGCUUCUAUUGUACAGUGAACUCUUCGGCUCCAAUGCAUUCGGCUUGGCUCGGCAAAACUCUAAGCACCUCAGGACCUUUUAAUAGUCGAAGUUGUCAAAGAGUGCUUCCUUCACUUACAAUUAUCGCGCUCUUUUGGGGAAGUAGGAAAUCUACGGAGAUGCAAAGUAUGGAUGUCUCUCUUGGGACAUUUACCCCUGAGGGUUCUGCAACUGAGGUAACAUCUGACAAUGAGUUGAAAUCACAUAGAAUAUCCCUUUCAGUAGCAUCAUCAAUUACAGAUAUUUCUUCUGAGCAAUGGGAUGCGUGUGCAAUGGAUGCAACUGGGGUCGAGAAACUCAAUCCAUUUCUUACCCAUGCUUUCCUUUCGAGUUUGGAGGAGACAGGAUGUGCCGUAAAGGGAGCAGGAUGGUUACCGCAGCAUAUUAUAGCGAAGGAUCAGUAUGAUAAUAUCAUAGGUGUUAUUCCUCUUUAUCUUAAAAGCCACUCGUAUGGAGAGUUUGUUUUUGAUCACUCCUGGGCCGAUGCUUACUACAGAUUUGGUUCUAGUUAUUACCCUAAGCUGCAGUGUUGUGUACCAUUCACUCCAGUUACAGGUCCAAGGAUAUUGAUCCGCAAAAGUUGGUACAAAAAUCAGGUCUUUGACAAAUUAGUUUCUGCCCUGAAGGAUCUGACUGAGAAGUCAGGGGUCUCAUCUUUGCAUAUAACCUUUCCCUCUGAGGAUGAAUGGCACAAAAUGAAGAAGGAUGGAUUUCUCCAGCGAAUAGGAAUGCAAUACCAUUGGAAAAAUCGGGAUUACAAGAGUUUUGAUGAGUUUCUUAUGGACUUGAAACAAAGCAAAAGAAAAAAUAUUCGACAAGAGCGCAAAAAGAUAUCAGCUCAAAACUUGAAAAUAAAACGCCUUCGUGGAGAUGAAAUAAAGGCUAGGCAUUGGGAUUCGUUCUACAAGUUUUAUCAGAACACUACAGAUAACAAGUGGGGUCGAGCUUAUCUCACUAGGGAUUUCUUCCAUACUAUUGGUUCCAAAUUGGGAGAUCGGGUAUUGCUUGUUGUUGCUGAAGAAGAGGAUGAACUUGUUGCAGGUGCCCUUAAUCUUGUUGGAGGAGAUAACUUAUUUGGCCGGUUGUGGGGUUGUCACCCUCGAGCCUACUACCCAAGCUUACAUUUUGAGGCCUGCUAUUACCAGGCAAUAGAAGCAGCGAUUGAGUUAAAGCUAAGCACAGUAGAAGCUGGAGCCCAGGGAGAACAUAAAAUUCAGCGUGGUUAUUUGCCCGUGACAACAUAUAGUUGCCACUACAUCCGGAAUGAUUCUUUCAAGCAAGCCAUUGAGGACUUUCUAGUGCAUGAGACAGAACAGGUUAAGCUUGUUGUGAAAAUGUUGAAAGAUUCAAGUCCUUUCAAGGAAAAUUAAUUUAGCGGGUGAAAUUUAUCUCAAUCUUACCAAAAUUGUGAUCAUAGCUGUGAUUGUAAUAUACGUCUUCUUUGUGGCUCGUCUGCCUGAACUUGUAAUCAGUAGCAAUGUAUUUAUUGUAAUUGACAAAUUAAACAUGUAAAUAACAGUUAAAAAAAAAACAUGUAAAUAGGGGAAUGGCGGAUGAUGCUUCAAUAUCAA